UUCAGGUGGCAGCCCUGCGGUUUAGAACUUCUUCCGGAUAGCAGGCAAAAUGGGUAUUGACAUCAAUCACAAAUAUGACAGGAAGGUUCGCAGAACCGAACCAAAAUCGGACGAUGUCUACUUGGCCCUUCUUGUCAAGCUGUACAGAUUCCUGGCCCGCAGAACUGAGGCUAAGUUUAACAAGAUCAUCUUGAAGAGGUUGUUUAUGUCCAAGAUCAACCGCCCUCCAAUCUCCUUGGCCAGGAUUGUGCGUUUCAUGAAGAAGCCUGGCCGCGAAGGCAGGAUUGCAGUCAUUGUUGGCACAGUUACUGACGACCAACGCAUCUGGGAAAUCCCCAAGUUGACUGUGUGUGCUCUGAGAGUGACAGAGAGAGCUAGAGCUCGUAUCAUCAAGGCUGGUGGAGAGAUCAUCACUUUCGAUCAGCUGGCUCUCAGGGCUCCUACUGGCAAGAACACCGUUCUUAUGCAAGGCCGCCGUAACGCCAGGGAGGCAGUGCGCCACUUCGGCCCUGCGCCAGGAGUGCCCCACAGUCACACCAAGCCCUACGUCCGCUCCAAGGGCCGCAAGUUCGAACGUGCACGAGGCAGGAGGCGCAGCUGUGGCUACAAGAAGUAACCUGUUAUUUUUUUUAUUUUAUGGACCAUUUAUUAAUUAAAUGUCUUAACAUAU